AUGGUGAAGCCUUCUUCUGAUCGUUCCGCUAUCGUUCGUCUGCACAAAGCCGGCCGCCCACCCGCCACGAUCGCUAAGCACCUCGGCAUCCAUCGCAGCGACGUGUAUCGCACACUCCAACGUUGUCGAGACCUUGGUGAACUCCAAGACUGCCGAAGAAGUGGAAGGCCUCGUAUUGCUCGCACGCCGAAGGUCGUCGAGGAAAGACGAGAAAGCGGAUAG